AUGGCUGCUUCAAGUUCGACACCUGUUUUUGGGGACGUUUAUGUUGAUGACUUAAUUUCAAGUUGCGGGAACUCAUUAGACUUCACAAAACCUACGGCUGUUUAUUUUAAUGAUAGAUGCCAGAGCAGUUUCCUGAAAGCUAGCGUGAGUUUCAGAAAAAAAGAAUCGUACAACAGUCAUCUGAUUUCUGUGCAUGUUGGACCUUGGUUGAGGAAUUUCCAUAACUCAUCUUCCAUGUGCUGUGCUGCUGGUGCUGCUCAUAAUGUAUCAUUUGAUGGCAACUCUAGUGAUGAACAGCUUGCAAAUUCUACCAUUUUGUCCGACCCACCAAUUUUGGGACAAAAAGCUCCGAAACUACUUUCAGGAUCAUGUUAUCUGCCACAUCCUGAUAAGGAGGAGACAGGAGGAGAGGAUGCCCAUUUUAUUUGUGAAGAUGCACAAGCAAUUGGUGUAGCAGAUGGUGUGGGUGGAUGGGCAGAUGUUGGCGUCAAUGCAGGACACUUUUCUCGCGAACUUAUGUCACAUUCUGUAAGGGCAAUUCAAGAGGAGCCUGAGGGUUGCUUUGACCCAGCCAGGGUGUUAGAGAAGGCCCACUCAUGCACCAAAGCAAAGGGUUCUUCAACAGCUUGCAUCAUUGGCCUUACGGAAAAGGGACUACAAGCUAUCAAUCUUGGGGACAGUGGAUUUGUAGUUGUCAGAGAUGGAAGCACCAUCUUCCAAUCCCCUGUGCAGCAGCAUGGCUUCAAUUUUACGUAUCAGCUGGAAAGUGGCAGUGGGGCUGAUCUACCUAGCUCCGGUCAGGUCUUUUUGAUUCCUGUUGUCCCUGGAGAUGUCAUUAUAGCUGGAACCGAUGGGUUGUUUGACAACUUGUAUAACAACGAGGUUACUGCUGUUGUUGUUCAUGCGGUAAGGGCUGGCUUGGAACCACAGGUAACUGCUCAGAAGAUAGCAGCUCUGGCACGGCAGCGAGCACUAGAUAAGAACAGGCAGACACCAUUUUCUACAGCUGCUCAAGAAGCCGGGUUCCGUUAUUAUGGAGGCAAGCUUGAUGACAUUACGGUUGUUGUGUCCUAUAUAACUGGCUCCAGUAAUGUGUGA